GCGGCCCGGCAGGUGAAGGCGCGGCGGGGCCUGGGCGAGCCGAGAGCCGCCCCGCCCACCCAGCCCACCCGAGCCGGCCCAGGCGCUUGGCUGCGGGGGAAGAGGAAGGCGCGGAACUCCAGGGAGAGUGCUCCGCUGUGCUUUCCUGUGGACGGAAGCAUGCUGUCUUCUACUGAAGAUGGUAGCCUCAAAGUAUGAUCAUGGAAAAAGGGAUAAGCUCAGUAGAAGUUUUACCCUCCAGAUCCUCUCCUGCAGCCUCAGUAAGGGUGGCGGUGAAAGAACAUGAAACGAAGCAAACUCAGAAAGUGAGACGGGUGGGAUUUGUACUUGUACAUGCAGGUGCAGGGUAUCAUUCUGAAUCCAAAGCCAAAGAAUAUAAGCAUGUGUGCAAACGAGCUUGUCGCAAGGCAAUUGAAAAACUACAGGCUGGUGCCCUUGUAACAGAUGCAGUGACUGCCGCUCUGGUUGAACUCGAGGAUUCGCCCUUUACAAACGCAGGAAUGGGGUCUAAUCUAAACCUUUUGGGUGAGAUAGAAUGUGAUGCUAGUAUUAUGGAUGGAAAAUCACUAAAUUUUGGAGCAGUUGGAGCGCUCAGUGGAAUCAAGAACCCUGUUUCUGUUGCAAACAGAUUGUUGUGUGAAGGGCAGAAGGGGAAACUCUCCGCUGGCAGAAUUCCACCUUGUUUUUUGGUUGGUGAAGGAGCCUUCAGAUGGGCAGUAGAUCACGGGAUACCAGCCUGUCCUCCAGGUGUCAUGGCUACAAGACUAAGCUUAGCAGCUUUCAAGAGGAAUAAGAGGAAACUGGAAUUGGCUGAAAAGGUGGAAACGGAUCUUUUUCAGUUGAAGAAAAGACGACAAUCAAGUGAAAAGGAGAAUGACUCAGGGACACUGGACACUGUCGGUGCCGUUGUUGUCGACCAAGAAGGAAACGUCGCUGCUGCCGUCUCCAGUGGAGGCUUAGCCUUGAAGCAUCCUGGAAGAGUUGGUCAGGCAGCUCUGUAUGGAUGUGGUUGCUGGGCUGAAAAUACGGGAAUUCAGAAACCUUAUUCUACAGCUGUGAGUACCUCAGGUUGUGGAGAGCACCUUGUACGGACCUUACUGGCCAGAGAAUGUUCGUGUGCUUUGCAGAAUGAAGAUGCUCAUCAGGCUCUGCUUGAAACUAUGCAAAACAAGUUUAUUAGUUCACCUUUCCUAGCGAAUGAGGACGGUGUCCUUGGAGGAGUGAUCGUUCUGAGAUCUUGUCCGUGUUCUGCAGAGCCCAGCUCUUCCCAGGAUAAGCAGUCCCUGCUAGUGGAGUUCCUGUGGAGUCAUACGACAGAGAGCAUGUGUGUGGGGUAUAUGUCAGCCCAGGAUGGGAAAGCUAAGACUCACAUUUCAAGGCUUCCCCCCGGAGCAGUGGCAGGGCAGUCAGUGGCCAUUGAAGGAGGGGUUUGUCGGCUGGAGAGCCCACUGAGCUGAAUAGCUCUUCACCUGGUCAACCGAGAGAGCGCGCAGUGCCGUUUUGUAUCAUAAGCUGCUUUUUGUGUUUUAACAGACGUUGAGGGUUUGACUUUUGUUUAUAUUCCCCGUUGCAACCACGUGCGCCCUGACUUGAAACCAGUGCUGCUGUAGCUUUAUAUUCUUACACUCUGUGUGAAAGUAUGCAGAUUUGUCUCCUGGUGGAAUAGAGAGGCUAUUCCCAGUUGUGCACGGAAAGAUAAUAUAGGAAUAAUUUAAAUGUUUAAAAAGUAUUUUUAUGUGUUAAUUGAUUAGCAUACAAGAUGGUAAUGCCCUGAAAUCACAAGAGGAAAAUACAGGCUUCAGAGCUAAAUGGAAUACAAAAGCGGUUGACUUUGAGUUACGUUUUUUAAUGGUUUUGGUGGGCCCAGGAGUAACUCAAACACAUUCUUCUCUCCCAGGUAUCGGAGCCUCCUUUCGUAAGGUGUUUUCCCCCCCUUCUUGACAAAGAUUGGUUGGUUUCAGUGAAACAAUCUAGGGCAGGGUUAUGACCUGGCUUUUUUUGGUUUGUAGUUACUCAAUUGGUGGUUCUUUUCCAGCUUAAAUGUUCCAUAGCUUCAAGCUGUUACGUAUCAUGAAUGGCUCUGUAAAGAUAAUGUGUAGUCAUAAAGUCUUUACUUUGUGUAUAAUGGAAUAUUAGAAUGUAAAUAAGAAGAAAGUUUAUGGAAAGAGUCAAUAUUCUUUGGUUUAAAUAUAUUUUUAAGAGAAUGAUGCAGAAAUAAACAUGCUAAUUGCUGGCUGAAUAAUGUAACGUAUUAAAUUGAGGAUCCGG